AUGUCGUCUGAGUCGGGCCUCGCUGCUCCGCGUCUCACCUCGUCCUCCAGAGGGAUGACGGCUCUGUGGUGCUCGCUCUGGAUCUCCUUCCUCCUGCCGCUCUGCGUGGCUCCGGCCCGGCUGCCCACGGCUCCGCCCACAGACUCCGUGUCCAGCGAGUCGGGCUUCCUGGAGGACUUUGUCCUGGGCGUGGGCGAGCCGCUGGAGAUGGCGUGCGAGCUGGACGACCCCUCGCAGCCCGUGGUCUGGUUCAAAGACGGCGCCGCACUGUUGCCCGGCAACCGGACGCGGCUCGGCCAGAGGAUGUUGCGCAUCAUCAACGUGUCGUACGAGGACUCGGGCGUCUACUCGUGCCGGCUCGCCCACGGCGACACGCUGCUCAGCAACUACACCAUCAGGGUGACAGAUUCUCUGUCGUCUGGUGAUGACGAAGACUAUGAUGAAGAUCCAGAAGAUGCAGGUAAUGGAAAUGAAGCUCCUUAUUGGACGCGGCCCGACCGGAUGGACAAGAAGCUUCUGGCCGUUCCUGCCGCCAACACGGUGAAGUUCCGCUGUGCCGCGUCCGGGAACCCGACGCCGAGCAUCCACUGGCUGAAGAACGGCAAAGAGUUCAAGGGGGAGCAGAGGAUGGGCGGCAUCAAGCUGAGACACCAGCAGUGGAGUCUGGUGAUGGAGAGCGCCGUGCCAUCAGACCGGGGGAACUACACCUGCGUAGUUCAGAACAAGUACGGCACCAUCACCCACACCUACCAGCUGGACGUUCUAGAGCGCUCCCCUCACAGGCCCAUCCUCCAGGCGGGACUCCCGGCCAAUCAGACGGUGGUGCUGGGCAGCGACGUGGAGUUCCACUGCAAAGUGUACAGCGACGCCCAGCCGCACAUCCAGUGGCUGAAGCACAUCGAGGUCAACGGGAGUCGCUACGGCCACGACGGCGUCCCCUACGUCAACAUCCUGAAGACGGCCGGUAUUAACACCACCGAUAAGGAGCUGGAGGUUCUCUUCUUGACCAAUGUGUCCUUUGAGGACGCGGGCGAGUACACUUGUCUGGCAGGGAACUCUAUCGGCUAUGCUUACCACUCUGCUUGGCUGACGGUGCUUCCAGCAGUGAGCCCAGAGAAGGAGGACUACUACGUGGACAUCCUGAUCUACGUGACGGGCUGCGUGCUCUUCAUCCUCGCCGUGGUCAUCGUGGUGCUCUGCAGGAUGAGGAUGACCACGCAGAAGACGCUGCCCAUGCCGCCGGUGCAGAAGCUGUCCAAGUUCCCUCUCAAGAGACAGGUAACGGUGUCCUUGGAUUCGAACUCCUCCAUGAACUCCAACACGCCACUGGUUCGGAUCGCCCGCCUCUCGUCCAGCGACGGGCCGAUGCUCGCCAACGUGUCGGAGCUGGAGCUGCCGUCCGACCCCAAGUGGGAGUUCCCCCGGUCACGACUCACUUUGGGUAAACCUCUGGGCGAGGGCUGCUUCGGUCAGGUGGUGAUGGCCGAGGCCAUCGGCAUCGACAAGGAGAAACCCAACAAGCCGCUCGAUGUCGCUGCCAAGAUGCUAAAAGAUGACGCCACGGAUAAGGAUUUGUCGGACCUGGUGUCGGAAAUGGAGAUGAUGAAGAUGAUCGGAAAACACAAAAACAUAAUCAACCUGCUGGGAGCGUGCACGCAGGACGGUCCCCUGUACGUGCUGGUGGAGUACGCGUCCAAAUGCAACCUGAGGGAGUACCUGCGGGCGCGCCGCCCCCCCGGCAUGGACUACUCCUUCGACACCUGCAAGAUCCCAGACGAGCAGCUCACCUUCAAAGACCUGGUGUCCUGCGCCUACCAGGUGGCCCGAGGCAUGGAGUACCUGGCCUCGCAGAAGUGCAUCCACAGAGACCUGGCAGCCAGGAACGUCCUCGUGACGGAGGACAACGUGAUGAAGAUCGCAGACUUCGGCCUCGCCAGAGACGUGCACAACAUAGACUACUACAAGAAGACGACCAACGGUCGUCUGCCCGUGAAGUGGAUGGCUCCGGAGGCGCUGUUCGACCGGGUCUACACGCACCAGAGCGACGUGUGGUCCUAUGGUGUGUUGCUGUGGGAGAUCUUCACCCUGGGAGGAUCUCCGUACCCAGGGAUCCCAGUAGAAGAACUCUUCAAGCUGCUGAAGGAGGGACAUCGGAUGGACAAACCUGCAAACUGCACACAUGAGCUGUACAUGAUCAUGAGGGAGUGCUGGCACGCCGUGCCGUCGCAGAGACCGACCUUCAGGCAGCUGGUAGAAGAUCACGACCGGGUUUUAUCAAUGACCUCCACCGAUGAGUACCUGGACCUGUCGGUGCCCUUCGAGCAGUACUCGCCCACCUGCCAGGACUCCAACAGCACCUGCUCCUCAGGGGACGACUCGGUGUUCGCCCACGACCCGCUGCCCGACGAGCCCUGUCUCCCCAAACUGCUUCCCAGCAACGGCGUGAUCAGGACAUGAGAGCCCAGCUGGGAGCGGGGGGGGGGACGUUCACCUCCGCUCGCUGUUUGUGACUAAUAAUCACCUCCCACUGACCCCAGCUCCUCAAGAUAUGGAAAUGAAAAACUCGGCAUGCAAUACUUCCACAGUGCUUCAGCUCUUCC